AUGAGUCGUGAAGUCUUGUUUGGAGUGUUCGUGCGCUUUUAUCAGUUUCGGCCAACCCAACAGCUGGCAGUUUUCGAUCGGAGCUUCAGCGCGAUGUCGUCCGGACAGCCGGUGCUGCCUGUGCCGCAGCAAGCCCUGCAUGGAUAUGAUGAAGUUCCGGCAACUGCACCGCCCCCGGCGGCAUCGUUCCACGGGAAUGCCGCGGCGCAUUCGGCACUUGCAGUUCCGCUUGCCGGGCGGCAAGCUCAAGCAGAGAACCGGGCGCAGCUACGCUGUGUUGCCACAGGGCUUUGCCUCCACAUCCUGGUGGUGGCAUUGGUCAACGCGCUUGUUUGGGCGUUGUAUCUCAUCCUACUGACGGACUCCUACCCAUGGCCUAUGUGGGUCAGCUUUGGCACAUCGCUCUCGAUCUUCGCGCACAUCGUGAAUGUGCUGCCAUGGACGCUGCCUAGGCGAGAAGGAUGUCCGAGGUGGCUGAUGUCGGUGCUCGGAAACAUCGCUCUUGGCAACUUCACUGUCUGGAUGGUGUGGGCCUUCACUAGCUGUGGUGUCGACGACAGCGGACCGUACUAUUGCGGCGGCUACAUGUGGCCGAUGUGGGUGACAGUGCCGAGCGGCUUUGCCGCGUGUGUUUUGGUGGCUGCCGCAGCCCGAGUCAGUGGUUCGAUUGAAAACACGUAG